AGGAUGCAUUACCUUCCAGCAGAAAGCGUAAAGCGAGGUACUUCUUCAAGCUCGGCUGCAUCUAUGCGUGCGAAGAGGUGUGAUGGCAGCUGAACACUUUCGGGUAUCUGUGCUGCCCCAUUUCGGAGAUAAUAUGGGACAACAGAAACAACAGAUGCAGUGGAGUCUGUUAUUCGAGAACCUGGAGUAACUUGCUACCCGAAGUGCCGGUGCCCAACAAGCCAUUUCGCUAGUUGAACAAGCACACCGUGACUUACUCCUGACGAUGAGUGCUGAUACUAUACCGGGAACGCUGCGAGUGCUAUUCGAUGAUGUGAUGUACGAAUUGCUUCAACUGUCCCAUAGAACAUUGAAGUUCAGGGGAUCGCGGCAACUGAAAUUCAGGAGAAUAUCGGAGAAAGUACGCCCUGCCUGCUACACCGGUGCCCAGCAAGCCAUUUCGCUAGAUGAACAAGCACACCGUGAAGACGUACUCCUGACGAUGAGUGCUGAUACUAUACUGGGAACGCUGCGAGUGCUAUUCGAUGAUGUGAUGUACAAAUUGCUUCAGCUGUCGCACAAAACAUUGAAGUUCAGGAGAUCGGGGCAACUGAAAUUCAGGAGAAUAUAUCGGUGA